CAGAGGUUGUUGGAAAAAAUUUUUGUCACUUCUUGACGUUUCGUUUUCGAGUCGUGUAGUGUACGUAAGUGUAAACAUACAAAAUGUCCGGACGUGGUAAGGGCGGCAAGGUCAAGGGGAAGGCAAAGUCGCGUUCCAACCGCGCAGGUCUCCAGUUCCCGGUCGGUCGUAUCCACAGGCUGCUCAGGAAGGGCAACUACGCCGAGAGGGUGGGUGCCGGUGCGCCGGUCUACCUCGCGGCCGUUAUGGAGUACCUGGCGGCCGAAGUGCUCGAGUUGGCCGGUAACGCGGCCCGUGACAACAAAAAGACCAGGAUCAUACCGCGUCACCUGCAGUUGGCCAUACGCAACGACGAGGAGCUCAACAAGCUGCUCUCCGGCGUGACCAUCGCGCAGGGCGGUGUACUGCCCAACAUUCAGGCGGUCCUCCUCCCCAAGAAGACCGAGAAGAAGACAUAAAUUAGAACAAUUUUGUCUAAUUGUUUGUCUACAUCGUUGUCAUCUCAACGACAUAAAAGGCCCUUUUCAGGGCCGCAAUAUGAUUCAUUAAAUUGUUAGAUAAA